AUGCAACUCAUUACUGCUCUCGCAGUGGUUCCCACAUUGGCUCUUGCUUCCUUUGUUCCUCUGCCUCGCAACGAUGUUGUCAAGCGUGAUUCCUGGGGCGGAAGCGUUUCCCUAGGUCCUUCUGUAUCCACCAUAGUUAAUGCUGUGACCACCAUUAUUCCCGGCACUGCGCCAUCUACACAGAAUGGUGAACUCUUCCUCUGGCCAGGUAUGAGCAACGGCACCGGAGAUUUGGUCCAGACUACCUUGGAGAGCUGGCCUGACAACAGCUGGUGCGGUGCUACUACUGGUCAGUGGUGUGUUCGUGCCAGUCUCUUCGGCAGCUUUGGACAGUGCUCUGGCAAUGCCAGCCCUAUCAGUGGCACUGACCAUGUUAAAAUUGAGUAUACUCUCGAGGAUGAUAACGAGACCUGGACCCAGACUGUCACCAACGCUGUCAGCGGCGCUGAGCUCUCCAGCUUCUCCUAUGCUUCUGGCCCAUACAUGAGAGGAUACGGUACUGGUACUGAGUGCGAUGACUCUUGUUCUGGAACUAUUGCCGCCCAGCAGUAUAUUGACACUACUAUUACUCUGGCCUCUGCCGACCCCGACUUUGGUAGCACCAUUGCCACUGCUUCUGGUGCUACCUAUACUGGAUUGAGCUCUAGCCAGGGUGGAAAGGUCUGGACCAUUCAGGAAAUUAAUAUCCCUGCCAUGGUGUAA